AUGGAAAUGGCUAUUGAUAGUUUCACAAAACUAAACUUUGAUGAAAGUUCAUUUUUCAUAGACAACUACAAGAAGCUAUGUAAUGUUGAUGUUGUAACGUUUAAAUCAGAAAUGUUAGUAGCUAAGAACUGUAUUGUUCGUUUAAAUAAACAUGAAGAUGUUGAGUUGGAAGAUUUGAAGAAACUACUAUUAGAUAAAUCCGUCAAUGCCAAUUUGUACUCACUAUUACAAGUAGCAUUAUCCAUUCCUGUAAGUUCGGCUACGUGUGAACGGUCGUUCUCAGCAAUGAGAAGAACUAAAACAUGGACUUCUAUGCACCAAGAGAGAUUUACAAAUCUCUCUUUAAUACACAUAGAAAGAGAUAUUUCAAAUACAAUUAGUACAGAAAAUAUUUUAGACGAAUUUUCUAAAAAAGAUCGCAGAUUCUCUUUUUAA